AUGCUUUCCGCUGCCCCACCGGCGUAUGAUGUAGAGGCAAAUGUUCUUUACCACAAGAUUGAAAAACUUGACAAAGAUCUUAAAAAGCGGGAGCUGCAUCUUGCGGAGCUCAUUGACGAGGUGGUGUACGCGGAGGACGGCAAAGACAAGGCCGUCCGCCGUGCGGAAUCCGCCCGUUACCUCGUCAACCAGCUGGAGGGCAUGGUGCAGAACCUGUUGGGGUACUUGAAGGUGAUUGAGGGCGACAUCCUACUGCCGGCCUUCCUGGAACUUUCUUGCGUUAUGCCACAGGAGCCUCUCAAGAGCCGAGAGGUCAUCGCCCAGACCCUUGAAAAGAUCGUCGAGGACAGCCUGAGCUCGCGAACAAAAAAACUUAUUGCCGCGGUGAGGGAAAUUCCCUCCGAAACGAAGAACCUGGCGACACGUGAGGUCUUCAUGCGCACUGUGGCGAAGGAGUCUGUAAGCGUGGAAGAUGCCAUUGUACUCAGCGGCCUGCUUUUGGAGAGGAAAGAGGAGCUCACAGCAUUUAUGGACGACUUGAGGGAUCGUGUUCAAUAUAUUCUUCAGGGCAAUCGCUCCGAAUCACCCGGAGAGGGAAUGAACCGAAGUGUGGGGACAAUCAAAAAUGCCUGCUUUGAUCAUGAGGAGCUUCAAGAGAAAUUGCGUCGCGUGGAGAAUGAACGAGAUGCACUGCGACAACAGAUAUUGUCCCGAGGUGAGAAUACUUUGCGCAUGAACCCCGCGUUUCAAGAGGAGACGGAGGCGCUAGGAAAGCAGUUUUUGGAUUCCCGUUAUUUGCUUUCAAAGGCGCAAUCCAACUCCCAAGCAAUGGGAGUGCGUGUGGAGGCCCUUGAGAGGGAAAUUGAGGAAAUGUGCCGCGAGAAGAAAAUGCUACAAAAUGAGUUUCAAUUUUUGAAGCGUGACCAAAUUAGUCGAAGCCGCUUCUAUGCAGAGGAGCGACGUGUGGAAGAAGGAUCAAAACAACUGAGGGCGGAGCUGGAUCGAAUUAUAUCCGAGCAUGCUGUGAUAAUUGCAGCAACCGAGUCGAAGAUGGCAGACCUCAGGGCGCAGAACACCAUCCUCCUUACGGAGAAACAGGAGUACAAGCAGCAUAUGGAUGACAAGAACCAUCAGAUAGCCAACCUGCAAAGGACCAAUGAUUUACUCCGACGUGAACUUUUUGAAUUACAGCAGAAGAUCUUGUCAAGUUCUCCGUCUUCCAUCAAAAAUGAGCACAGUGAAUCUGUACAGGGGCUUGAAUCCACCGUUGCAGGUCUUACAGCAGAAUUAAAUGCGUUAGAGCGCCGUUUGGCAGAUGUAUCUGCACGCAAUCAAGAGGAACGUAAGCAGAUUGUUGCUCAAUAUGAAGAGGAACGUAGUCGUUAUAAGGCAGAGCGUCAAGAAUGCGAUGCCCUUGUCGAGCGGAUGGCAAAUGAGUUGGAGAAGCUUGCCAUGGAAAACCGCUCCCUCCGCGCUGCCGCCACACUGCAACAACUAUAG